AGAGGAGCCAGGCUGACACAACUCAUAGAAGGUGGAGGAAGCUGAUCUGAGCCUCAGCUGUGGUUGAUCUUGAUAACUCAAAGAGUUAACACAACCAAAACUAACGCGAGGGUGGAGAGAAAGACCACACCCCACGGGAGCGCGGAGCCAACUCGCGGGAGAAAAAUCCUAUUGGCAUUGAGGAGGUAGGGAGCCAGCCCCUGGGCGCGGCCUGCAGGGUACCGGCAACCGCCCGGGUAAGCGGGGGCAGGACAAGGCCGGAGCCGGUGUCCGCCCGGCAGCCGCCCGCAGCUGCCCAGAGUCCCGCUGCGUCUCCGCCGCGUGCGCCCUCCUCGACCCGGAGACCCGCGCUGCGCUCCGCCGCUGACAUGUGUGCCGCUCAGAUGCCGCCCCUGGCGCACAUCUUCCGAGGGACGUUCGUCCACUCCACCUGGACCUGCCCCAUGGAGGUGCUGCGGGAUCACCUCCUCGGCGUGAGCGACAGCGGCAAAAUAGUGUUUUUAGAAGAAGCAUCUCAACAAGAAAAACUGGCCAAAGAAUGGUGCUUCAAGCCAUGUGAAAUAAGAGAACUGAGCCACCAUGAGUUCUUCAUGCCUGGGCUGGUUGAUACACACAUCCAUGCCUCUCAGUAUUCCUUUGCUGGAAGUAGCAUAGACCUGCCACUCUUGGAGUGGCUGACCAAGUACACAUUUCCUGCAGAACACAGAUUCCAGAACAUCGACUUUGCAGAAGAAGUAUAUACCAGAGUUGUCAGGAGAACACUAAAGAAUGGAACAACCACAGCUUGUUACUUUGCAACAAUUCACACUGACUCAUCUCUGCUCCUUGCCGACAUUACAGAUAAAUUUGGACAGCGGGCAUUUGUGGGCAAAGUUUGCAUGGAUUUGAAUGACACUUUUCCAGAAUACAAGGAGACCACUGAGGAAUCGAUCAAGGAAACCGAGAGAUUUGUGUCAGAAAUGCUCCAAAAGAACUAUUCUAGAGUGAAGCCCAUAGUGACACCACGUUUUUCCCUCUCCUGCUCUGAGACUUUGAUGGGUGAACUGGGCAACAUUGCUAAAACCCGUGAUUUGCACAUUCAGAGCCAUAUAAGUGAAAAUCGUGAUGAAGUUGAAGCUGUGAAAAACUUAUACCCCAGUUAUAAAAACUACACAUCUGUGUAUGAUAAAAACAAUCUUUUGACAAAUAAGACAGUGAUGGCACACGGCUGCUACCUCUCUGCAGAAGAACUGAACGUAUUCCAUGAACGAGGAGCAUCCAUCGCACACUGUCCCAAUUCUAAUUUAUCGCUCAGCAGUGGAUUUCUAAAUGUGCUAGAAGUCCUGAAACACGAAGUCAAGAUAGGGCUGGGUACAGACGUGGCUGGUGGCUAUUCAUAUUCCAUGCUUGAUGCAAUCAGAAGAGCAGUGAUGGUUUCCAAUAUCCUUUUAAUUAAUAAGGUAAAUGAGAAAAGCCUCACCCUCAAAGAAGUCUUCAGACUAGCUACUCUUGGAGGAAGCCAAGCCCUGGGGCUGGACGGUGAGAUUGGAAACUUUGAAGUGGGCAAGGAAUUUGAUGCCAUCCUGAUCAACCCCAAAGCAUCCGACUCUCCCAUUGACCUGUUUUAUGGGGACUUUUUUGGUGAUAUUUCUGAGGCUGUUAUCCAGAAGUUCCUCUAUCUAGGAGAUGAUCGAAAUAUUGAAGAGGUUUAUGUGGGCGGAAAGCAGGUGGUUCCGUUUUCCAGCUCAGUGUAAGACCCUCGGGCAUCUACAAAGUUCUCCUGGGAUUAGCGUGGUUCUGCAUCUCCCUUGUGCCCAGGUGGAGUUAGAAAGUCAAAAAAUAGUACCUUGUUCUUGGGAUGACUAUCCCUUUCUGUGUCUAGUUACAGUAUUCACUUGACAAAUAGUUCGAAGGAAGUUGCACUAAUUCUCAACUCUGGUUGAGAGGGUUCAUAAAUUUCAUGAAAAUGUCUCCCUUUGGAGCUGCUCAGACUUACUUUAAGCUCAAACAGAAGGGAAUGCUAUUACUGGUGGUGUUCCUACAGUAAGACUUAAGCAAAGCCUUUUUCAUGUUUGAAAAUGUGGAAAGAAAAGAUGUUCCUAAAAGGUUAGAUAUUUUGAGCUAAUAAUUGCAAAAAUUAGAAGACUGAAAAUGGACCCAUGAGAGUAUAUUUUUAUGAGGGAGCAAAAGUUAGACUGAGAAAAAAUGUUAGAAAAUCACUUCAGAUUGUGUUUGAAAAUUAUAUACCGAGCAUACUAAUUUAAAAAGAGAACUUGUUGAAUUUUAAAACGUGUUUCUAGGUUGACCUUGUGUUUUAGAAAUUUGCACUUAAUGGAAUUUGCAUUUCAGAGAUGUGUUAGUGUUGUGCUUUGCCUUCUUUGGGGAUGAAUGUCAGAAAUUGAAUGCCACAUGCUUUCAUAAUAUAGUUUUGUGCUUCAAAGUGUUUGACAGAAGUUGGGUAUUAAAGAUUUAAAGUCUCUUAGGAAUAUUAUUCAUGUAACUCCAUGGCAUAAAUAGUUGUAUUUUUGUGUACUUUAAAAUCAACUUAUAACUGUGAGAUGUUAUUGCUUCCAUUUUAUUAGAAGAGAAACAAAUUCCAUGCUUUAUGGAAUUUAUGUAGACUGGAGUCUUCGUGAACUGGGGCAAGUGCUAGCAUCCAGGAGCCGCCAAUACUAACAGGACAGGUUCCAUUGCCAUGGCCUAUUCCACCCAAACAAUAUGUUGUAGUUUCUGGAAAUUCCAUACUCAGAUAUCAGUCUGCUAGAACUUUAAAAUGAAGGACAAAUCCUGUUAAAGAAAUAUUGUUAAAAAUCUUUAAACCCUGUGUAUUGAAAGCACUCUAUUUUCUAAUUUUAUCCAGUUUUCUGUUUAACUCCUUAUAAUGUUUAGGAUAUUAAAAUUUUAGGAUAAUGAAGAGUACAUAAUGUCCUACUUAAUAUUUAUGUUAAUAGGACUUAAUUCUUACUAGACAUCUAGGAACAUUACAAAGCAAAGAAUAUUUUUAUGCUUCCAUAACCUAGAAUUAAAACCAAAUUAUGACCUUAUGAUAAAUCUUUAAGUAUUGGUGUGAAUGUUAUUUAAAUUCUAUAUUUUUCUUAUUUAAUUACAAAUACUAUAAAUUAGCAAGGAAAAGGAAUAGACUUUCUUAAUAUAUUAUAACACUCAUUCCUAGAGCUUAGGGGUGACUCUUUAAUAUUACCUUAUAGUAGAAAAGUUUAUGUAAUAUAGCUAACUCCGUAUUUACAGAACAAAAAAACACAGUUCCCCCUCCUGUAGUAUAAAUUUUAUUUUCACAUACUUAGCUAAUUUAGCAGUAAUUGGCCCAGUUUUUUCCCUAAUAGAAAUACUUUUAGAUUUGAUUAUGUAUACAUGACACCUAAAGAGGGAACAAAAGUUUAGUUUUAUUUUUUUAAUAAACAACAGAGUUUGUUUUGUGAGAUAAGUAGCUUAGUAAACCCAAUUUCCAGUCUUAGUCUGUAUUUCCAAUAUUUCUAAUUCCUGAGCCACGUCAAAGAUGCCUUGCCAAAUUUCUCCCCAUUUCUCUACGGGGCUAGCAAGAAUCUUCAGCUUUAUCCCUCAACCCCUGCCAAAGGAACUUGAUUACAUGGUGUCUAACCAAAUGAGUAGGCUUAGGAAUUUAGAUGAGAUGUGUAAGAUUCACUUACAGGCAGUAGCUGCUUCUAGCGUUUGCAAGAUCCUACACUUUUACCUUCUUUAAGGGUGUACAUUUUGAUGUUGAACAUCAGUUUUCAUGUAGACUUAGGACUCAUGUGCAGUAAAUAUAAAUAAGUGUAGCAUCAGAAGCAGUAGGAAUGGCCGUAUACAACCAUCCUGUUAAACAUUUAAAUUUAGCUCUGAUAGUGUGUUAAGACCUGAAUAUCUUUCCUAGUAAAAAUAGGAUGUGUUGAAAUAUUUAUAUGUACUUUGAUCUCUCCACAUCACUUAUAACUUAUGUGUUUUAUUUCUCCAAGUGCGGUGUUCCUGAAUGUUAUGUAUGCUUUUUUUUUGUGUACCACAGGCAUUAUCUAUACCUGGGGCCAGAUUUUCUGCACUUUGAAAUGUUGCCUUUGCCUAAUGUAGGUUGACUUUCUGAAUUGUGGAGAGGCACUUUUCCAAGCCAAUCUUAUUUGUCACUUUUUGUUUUAAUAUCUUGCUCUCUGACAGGAAAGAAACAAUUCACUUCCCAGCCUCCUCACCCCAUCCUCCACCAUUUCCUUAAUGUUCCAUGGUAUUUUCAACGGAAUACACUUUGAAAGGUAAAAAUAAUUCAAAAGUAUCGAUUAUCAUAAAUUCACAAAAUAUUUUUGCAACCAGAACACAAAAGCAGGCUAGUCAGCUAAGGUAAAUUUCAUUUUCAAACGAGAGGGAAACAUGGGAAGUAAAAGAUUAGGAUGUGAAAGGUUGUCCUAAACAGACCAAGGAGACUGUUCCCUAAUUUAUUCUCUUGGCUGGUUCUCUCAUUGAAUUAUCAGACCCCAAGAGGAGAUAUUGGAACAGGCUCUCUUCAUGCCAAGGGUCUUUCUAAGUUAAUACUGUGAGCAUUGAGCCCCCAUUAAAACUCUUUUUUACUUCAGAAAGAAUUUUACAGGUUAAAGGGAAAGAAAUGGUGGGAAACUCUCCCCGUAAUGCUUAGCCAACUUUAAAGUGUACCCUCCAAUAUCCCCAUUGGCAACUGCAGCUGAGAUCUUAGAGAGGAAAUAUAACCGGUGUGAAAUCUAGCAAUGCAUUUUGAAUCUUCACUCCCUACCAGGCUCUUCCUAUUUUUAAUCUCUUCACCUCAGAACUAGACAUAUGGAGAGCUUUAAAGGCAAGCUGGAAGGCACGUUGUAUCAAUUCUACCUUGUGCUAUACGUAGGAGAGAUCCAAAAUUUGGAUGCUUCUGGAGACUCUUAGACAUCUUUUCAUUGUUGUCCAUUUUUAAAGUUGAUGAUGAUUGCUGGAAACAUUCACAUGCUUAAAAGCAAUGGUGUGAGUUAUUAAUGGGUAAACUAAGAAGUAUGUUAUAGGCAAUGACUUGAAAUGGUUUUUAAAUUGUAUGGAUUGUUAAGAAUUUUUGAAAAAUUUUUUUUUUUGGACAGCUUCAAGGAGAUGUUAGCAAUUUCAGAUAUACUAGCCAGUUUAGGUAUGACUUUGGAAGUGCAGAAACAGAAGGAUACUGUUAGAAAAUCCUAACAUUGGUCUCCAUGCAUGUGUUCACACCUGGUCUCACUGCCUUUCCUUCCCACAGACCUGAGUGUGAAAGAUUGAGAGUUGAGGAGUUGCUUUGUGGAUCUUGUCCAAAUUUAGUGAAAUGUGGAAGUCAACCAGGCCAAUGAUGGAAUUAAAUGUAAAUUCCAAGAGGGCUUUCACAGUCCACAGGGUUCAAAUGACUUGGGUAACAGAAGUUAUUCUUAGCUUACCUGUUAUGUGACAGUGAUUUACCUGUCCAUUUCCAACCCAAAAGCCUGUCAGAAAGCAUUCUUUAGAGAAAACCACUUUACAUUUGUUGUUAAACUCCUGAUCGCUACUCUUAAGAAUAUACAUGUAUGUAUUCAUAGGAACAUUUUUUCUCAAUAUUUGUAUGAUUCGCUUACUGUUAUUGUGCUGAGUGAGCUCCUAUGUGCUUCAGACAAAAAUAAAUGAGACUUUGUGUUUACAUUA